GUCUCUGGCGUGGGCUCAGAUCUGCAGUGGUUUAUUCAGUCGCUCAGUCGUGUCGUGUCGCCGCUCUGUGUGCUUACUGCAUGCGCGUGUGUUUGCUCGCCCGGCUGGUAUGCGCAGACGGGAAGGAGGCUGCAAAUGUAUCCUUAGGAGUAGAUGCGGUCUCGUGCAGCAGCCCUGUGAGGUGGUUCUGCCCCGCGACGGCUCUGCUAGGACACUUCCUCUGGACCUCCGAGUGCGAGCGCUACUCUUAACAAAUCCUGGAUGUGUCUGUGCUGCGUGACAUGACAGCAAUAAAGCGUCUCUGAUGCGGCAUUUCAUUCACUCUGAAUCAAAGACUAACACAUACACUUACCUUAAACCAGAACACGUUUGCUGCCUUCCAAAUGCUGCUGUUUCCUUCAGAGCAACUUCUUGGGAAGUAGCAGCUUCUCUGUGGCCGAUCUCCUCCAGUCUAAGGACCAGCAGCUUUCUCUCAGCCUGAGGACAGCAGAUGAUUCAGCUACAGUGGGCACAGUGGUGGUGAGCCGGAUGAAGAUGGGUGAGAUCGAGGAUGGUGAAGUGGACCACUUUACCACCGACAUGCACCGGAAGUGCACGCUGGUGUACGAGUCGUCACAUGGAAGUAUUAAUGACAAAGACAACGGACCAAUAAUGAAUGCUGUGUUUAAGAAUGCGGUGUGUAAGGUGUACAGGUUUCAGACAGUGGACAGUAAAUGGAUGUUGGUUCGGGAGCAGAUGGCGGAGUGUACGCUGUCCUUCAGCAUCCCGAAGCAACUCAUCGCCCUCUACAUUCAGGAGGACACCUGCAGGAUACAGGAGCUGAAAGAUCUGGGAGAGCUCUCACCACACUGGGACAACCUACGGAAGGAUGUAAUCUCUCGCUACGACCAGAUCAUCAAAGAAUACCAGAACACGCUGGCGGAGCUGGAGAAACUUACUGGUCCAUCGUUCAAGCCCAGCUGCAGCAAAGGCCAGAAAUAUCUGGAGUUCAUUCCCAUCAACCUGCACACACAGAGAAUGCGGGUGACGUGUCCAAGGAAAACAGAUUCCUUCUAUGAUGUGGUCACAGUAGGAGCUCCGGCAGCCCAUUCGCAAGGCUUCAAGAACGGAGGCUUGCAGAAACUGCUCAGCAAAUACGAAUCCGAGAAGAAGAGCCACAGCACGGCGUAUCAGUGCAUUUACUAUCCUCCAGAACAGACGGCCAAGGCCCGCGAGAUCCUGUGUGUGGUGUCCCAGCUGCAGCCGCACAUCUCUGCGCUGGCCGACCAGCUGCUCCAGACGGCCCAGCAGAGCUCCAGCCAGCCUCUCCGAGACGUCCUCAAGAGCCUGGAGGAGAAGACGGAGCAGUUUGUUCACGCUCUGAAGGAUGAGUUGGUGAAGAGCGCUCUCCUGGCACUGCAUGCCGCCCGUCCCGGAUACGUCAGCAAGAGUCAGAGCUCCGCUCCGUCCAGCCCUGCCCCAGCCACGGCCGAUCCGCACCCCAGCGCCACCGAGAAGCCACACAGCGUCUGCAACAAUGUGGACGGCUCCCAGACGCCGCCGAGAGAAAGCCGAGCGUCGCCCGUCCACUCCGACUCCAUCCCGCACCACAAAGAGUACGACGAGGAGGAAUGGGACAGGGUCUGGGCCAGUGUGGCGAAGAGUUUGAACUGUGUCAUCGCCCUGGUGGAUAAACUACAGGAGCAAGACAACAACAACCAGGAAUCAGCGCCCAGCCACCCGCUGGCAGACGUCAUCACCUCACACAGUCCCGAUCCUCCCGUGACAGCUGCGGUUUGGUGGGAUCAGCUUGGCGUCCUGGUUCAGUCAUUGAAGGAGUGUGUGGCAGAAGUAGCGGAGAGAGCGAGGCGCUCAGUGAGCUUCGUCCUGCUCCAGGAGGCGGUGUGCAGCACGGCCCAGGGCCUGCAGCUGCAGCAGAGACGGGAUGCUGUCUUCAGCCAAGCACUGGCUGCGCUGGCGUGUGGAUUUGUCAUGCGAUUAUACGCAGGUUUGGAGGAUAAGGGCUUUCUCAGACAGCUGCAUGCCGUCGGGCUGGUGGCCCAGUUUGAGAGCCUGCUGAGUACUUACAGUGAGGAAAUAGGGAUGCUGGAGGACAUGGAGGUGGGGAUCAGUGACCUGCACAGAGUGAGCUUCAGGAUCACAGAGGCGGCGUCUGAGGAAGCUGUCAGCCUGCAGCCCACCGUCAGCGGUAGACGAGACCGUUACACUGUCGAGGUGCCUCUCCCACAUCAUGCCUUCCAAACGCUCCCGGAUGAGCUGCGCCAGGGCAAGCCGCUGCGCGUGCUCCCCGUGCUCUUCAAUGUGGGCAUCAACGAGCAACAAACCAUCGCUGAGAGAUUUGGUGAUAUAUCUUUACAGGAGAGAAUAAACCAGAAGAACUUCGAGAUUCUUGAAGGUUACUAUAAAUCCUUAACCAACACGCUGCCAUCUGAAUGCCUGCCAUGUUUUCAGACACAGACAGACAUCAAGGAACUGCUCGACACCCUCGGCCAGAAUGUAGUCACCAAGAAGAGAAAGAACGUGGAGAUCCUGUGGCUUGCGGGAAUGAUCUGUCGACGGAUGAAUGGUAUCCGCUUCACCAGCUGUAAAAGUGCCAAAGACAGGACGUCCAUGUCAGUGACACUGGAGCAGUGCUCUCUGCUGAGGGACGAGCACCAGCUCAAUAAAGAUUACUUUGUGCGAGCUCUGGACUGCAUGCGGAGCGGUCUCUUGGCCCAGGGAGAGGUUGCCCAAUGGGACGACCCUGAAGCAGGCUCUGUAGCUAUUAACAAGCCGGCGUCCCGCCACUUCUAUCCGAUCGCCCUUCUGCUUGUCAGCUCCCACCUGCUGGUGGUGUGGCUCAUUUUAAGUCUUGUUUUUUUGCUUGCAAAAUACCAAUAAACUGCUGAUUAUGCCAUAA